CUUCAGAUAUACUUUAUCUAAAGGUGAACUUGGCUAUGAUGGAAUCACUGGUCUCCACAAUCUUACAGAAAUUAUUAAAGAUUAUCCAAAGCCUGUUAUUUACAUUGCACAUGUUGGGUUUUUAGACUUUACCAAAUAUGGGUAUAAACAACCUGUUUAUAUAGAUGUGGUACGCGAUCCUAUAGAAAAGGCCAUCUCAAUGUUUUAUUUCCUAAAACAAUGCCAGGCAUGCCGAAGAAAACAUAAUAAUACAUACAGAGAAUCUAUGUUUAAAAUGAACAUGAGUGAUUACAUUGAUAAAUACGGAGUCCAUACACUUCCAAGAAAAAGUCUAAUAAAGUGGUUCUCAGGGAUAGAUGGUAAUGAAAAAUCAAUCAAUAUGGCAAAACGAAAUAUAGAGAAGUAUUAUCUUUUCAUAGGAGUCCAGGAGUAUUAUAUUCAGACCAUGCAAGCUUUGGAGAUGCUUCUUCCUAUGUUUAAAGGACAACUUCAUUCACAAGUACAAGCAGGUGUAAGAAUAGGUGCAACAACCCACUCAAAGUUUCCCCCAAAUUCACAUCAGCGUCAUCUUAUGAGAGAAAAUCAUGCUUUGGACUAUGACCUUUAUAAUUUCAUAGUACAACGAUUUCAUGAUACUUUGAAAUGCCUGAACAUUCCUUAAGGCCAUUUCAACUUGCAUGUAAAAUUUGAGUGAUCAUUUUACAUUUAAUAUUUUGUAAAAUUAAUCCAAAGGGAAUAUUCACUAAAACGCUGAGUGCCAAAUUUCAUCAUUUUUAUGUAAGGAGCACAAACGAGAUACUUAUUGAUUGUUAUAGGGUAAACAACUGAGAUCAUCUUUACGUCAAAUUGUGAGGACAUAGCAGGGUAAGAUCACUCACAAAACAUGAGAAAGAUGCUGUAAAUAUACUACCAUCGCCAGGAUUUGCCAAGGGGGCUCACUUUUGAAACUGUACAGGGCGUAUCAAAGAAACGCAACAAGUAGUUAUCUCGUAAAAUCACAAAACUAGUGAUAACUACAUCAAUUUUAUUUAAUGUACCAUAGAGCCAUGUUUCUCCUCUUCGCAAUGAUAUGUCAUUCAUUCACAUGUGGUAAUGGUUGGGUGAGAAAUCCUUCCAUUUGCACAGUGGGUCAAAAUCGGCUCUGCGCCAAGUUUUAGAUAUUGAAAAAAUCAGUGCAAGGGCUAAGUGCCAAUGGAAGUUCCCCUGACUUGAAUUGUUGUGACUUUUUCUUUUGGAGCUAUCUCAGGAGCAUCUGUGCUCACAAUUCCUCCACCAGAUAUUGCAAAACCUCGAGAAAGAUUUGCCCAUCGGCUGCUUUACCUUGCUUUAACCUACACAUGAUUCAGGGCUGAAUCAUGCAUGGCGUUGACAGAUGAGCGCAUCUUUAUGUGCAAGGAAGUGGUGGCAAUUUGAAGGGGUAUAGGAUGUAUACUUGCAAGAGUAUGAGUAUGAACACUUUACUGUCUAUGCUAUACCUGUCACACCUUCUUCCAAUAGCCCCUAUGGCCCCUGUACCGACUUUUGCAAUGUUUUGAACUUGGUUCCGAGCUGAAUUUUGCCCCACUUUGCAAAAUUAAUGAUUAUUCGGCCACAGAUGACUCCCUGUGAAUGAAUGAUAUUCCAUUGCAAAGAGGAGUAAUUUGGCUUUUUGUACAUUGAAUUAAAAGGAUGUAAUGCAGUCAGCAUUGGUUUUAUGUUUUCGUCCGAUAUUCACUGCUACCCACCUAGUUACACAGACGUAUCGUCAGUGUAUUAUGGCUGAACUACUUCCGGGA